AACAUUGAUAAAGGGGUGGAUGUAUUUCAAAACUUUACUGCAGCAAGAUCCUACACUUAUAAAGACCGAACAACGAGUGUCAGACAUCAAACGGCUUCAAUCAAGUGAUGGGCAAAAUCGGCGACAUAACGGUUCAGACUGAUGGCGGGAAGGAGGUCUAUCGAGCCGGGGAGGAGGUGAAGGGCGUAUGGCGCGUGAAUAUUAAUGAGCGCGUGACGGUAGAUGAUAUCUACAUCAGCUUUCACGGAGAGUCCUACGUCAAAUGGACCGAAAGCAGCUCAAGAGCGCCCGACCUUAAAUUCAUCUCCCGGGAAGAGUACAACAGAGAGUUGAAAUAUGUCGUAUACAAGAAAACAACCUUGGAGGCAGGAGUUCACGAGUACCCUUUCAGCUUUCGAUUACCAAAUGACAAAAUGCCAUCAUCAUUUGAGGGAAAGCGGGGAUGUUCACGGUAUUGGCUGUACCUGAAGAUUUCCCGACCGUUGCCAUGGCGAGAUGUAGUCAGCGACAAAUGUAUUACCUAUAUAGAUGAUGUGAAUAUAAAUUUACAAUAUUACAAUAAACCAGUCAGAAAGAAGAAAUCAACACGUUUGUCGAAGAUGCUCGGGCUUGGUGAUGCAGGGGAAGUAACUCUCACUGCCAAGGUCAACAGGACAGGUUUUUGUGCUGGCGAAUCCGUACCAGUGACAGUUGAUGCCAUCAAUGCUUCAACAAAAGAUUUGGGUAAACUGAAAGUCUCCCUGGUACAGAAAGUAGUAUAUAAGGCAAACGGAGAGGAGAAGGUAGAAAGAACGGUCAUCUACACCAAGACUGGAUCAGAUCCUAUCAAACAGGGACAGACAAGGAGCUGGAAAGAUGAGUUGAUAUAUAUCGAUGCUAUCCCCCCUUCUACCCGAAUGAGGACUUCCUUCUGUCUGGUAGUCUCAUACUUCAUUAAGGUGUAUAUUGACAUUUCAUUCCUGAGUGGUGGUGAUCUUGAGCUCUGGUUACCAAUCACUAUAGGGACAGUGCCCCAGGGCUACAAGAAAACAAUACCAGUAAAGGGAGCUACCAGUGCAUCACCAAACAUCCCUGUGGUUGACCUUUCCAAUGCGUUGACCCAUACCAGGUGUAACAGAGGUUGGGAGAGGUUCAGUAGGUCAACUGACAAUGCUAUACCGGAAUAUGUUUGUUACACUCCUAUGUGUGUCUAUGUCCCAAACUACACAUACAAACCCAAGCCUUUGGUAGCUAACCCGCCCAAACAAGGACCUAUGAAGACGACACAAGUAUCAACAGCAGCAUCAAAGUCGGCUACACCGUCAGUUUCUACCUCCAGUCCAAAAUCAGUGGCCGGUUCCAAACCAGCCUCAAAGAGUCCGGUCAGAAUCCAAACAACAGUUCCUGCUUCCAGUCCAAAAACAUCAGCGGCCACUCCCAUGCCAGCAUCAGAGAGUCCAACUCGCCUCCAAACUUCAGUUCCUGCCUCUGGUAAAACCACAUUGGCGGCUACUGCCCUGCAGGCAUCAAAGAAUGCCACUCAUAUCCAAACAUCAGUUCCUGCCUCUGGUCCAAUGAUGCCAGCAGCCACUGUCACACCGACAUCCAACAGCAGACUUGAAGGUCAAGGUCAGCCAGAGCCAUCAGCUCCGCCAUUAAUCUGUGAUGAAGAUGAAGCAUAUAACAUGCAUGAUGAGAGGGUAUCACUUCCAUCCUAUGAGGACCUGUUUGGUCAGGGGGCAGCAGAGGGAAAAAUUGAGGUAGAAGAGACUUCCACAGGAAAGGUGUUUAUGCUUAUUCGAUUCAGAACUAGUAAGCGUGAGGAAUUUGUCAAUACCUUGAAAAAUUACAGUACUGGACUAGAGAAGUUUCAGGGCUAUCUAUCGGCACUGCAACACAAGGUCCCCUCAGUGCGAUCGGGUAAGUGGGAAAAGGCCAGCGUCUUGGCUAUCCUGACGUUUGAAAAUGAAGAUAUGGCACAGGAUUGGCUCAAGUCUACACCUGAAGUUUGUAUGGAGAAGUGGCUGGGAGGGUGUGACAUCUUGUUAAUGGAGUCAUCAGAGCCUUUUCAGCAAGAUCACCAAGUUCUCUCAAUAUCCAAUACAGUGAUAAAUGGCGAGGAUGUAGAAACAAACAAAGACUUGGCACGAUAUCGAUAUAUACUUGACCAGUACCUAAAACCAGCAAGGGUGAGGAUAGGAGGUGUAUCUGUUGCGCGUUCUCAGACGUCUAAAUGUCUGCGUGGUCAAUGGGACAUAGAUCUCAAAAGCACUGUCAAUAUUCUGUCUUGGCCCACUGUAGCUGUCCUUAGACAAUAUAAGGAAAGUGUAGAUCCAGAGAUCUACCAGGAAAGUCUGGAUCUUAGAGGGAAGGUGUUUGAUAUUGUGUUGUCUGUGGUUAUACAACUCGGUCAGCUACCCAGUUUCACCAACGCCAAAGAAGAUGAAGCUGGAGAGGCUGGGCCGUCAUAGAGCUGGGAUAAUGAUCAUCAACGCUAGCCCCUUAAUCAUAUGAUAUAUGUAGUAAAAGAUUUUCCAGACAAUCUAAUUAAUAUCAAGAUGGUCAUUCUCACUACGUUAUAUGAACAUCUAACGACAUCCCAUAUGGGGUCACGUUCUGAUGACCUUUGAGAUAUGUAUGUCACUUUCAGGGCGAAUUGUCUUUUUGUCGAUGAAAUUAAAGCAAACCAUUUCGUCAUAGCAUACAUCUGAAGCAAACAAUUUCGGCACAGCAUGUAUAUAGCAAUAUGUUUUGUAGGACGAAAUGACAUGAA